UCCUUGUGCGUUAAAUACAACGCAUGCGCAGUAGUAUACCGGCGACGGCUGUACGAACGGUGGCCUAACGAAAAAAGGGGAUUAAGAGUCCAAUCUGACAGGCUACACCAUGAGUCAAGGUAAGGACAAUGCACGACUCAAGAGCUACAAGAACAAGUCUCUCAACACGGAUGAGAUGAGGAGGAGGAGGGAAGAGGAAGGCUUGCAGCUACGAAAACAGAAGAAGGAUGAACAACUUUUUAAAAGAAGAAAUGUUGCCACGGUGGAAGAUGACGGCACCGUCGAGGAUGAUGGAAUGGCAGAUAGUGGCUAUCUGGAAUCGCAAGCCAACAACCUGGACCCAAGCACUGGUGGGGUGAUCUCUGAAGACAUGAUUCAGAUGAUCUUCUCCAGCUCUCCUGAGCAGCAGCUAAUAGGCACUCAGCGCUUUAGGAAACUUCUCUCUAAAGAACCCAACCCGCCUAUUAAUGAAGUUAUAGCCUCUCCUGGGGUGGUGGAGCGUUUUGUUGAGUUUCUGAAGAGAAGAGAAAACUGCACGUUGCAGUUUGAGGCCGCUUGGGUGUUGACCAACAUUGCUUCAGGUACAUCCCACCAGACACGGGUUGUGAUUCAGGCAGGAGCUGUUCCUAUUUUCAUAGAGAUGCUCAGCUCAGACUUUGAAGAUGUGCAGGAACAGGCGGUGUGGGCCUUGGGAAACAUAGCAGGUGAUAGCACAGAAUGCAGAGACUUUGUCAUAGAAUGUAACAUCUUGCCUUCCCUGCUGCAGUUAUUGGCCAGACAGAAUCGUCUAACAAUGAUGAGAAACGCAGUGUGGGCGCUCUCAAACCUGUGCAGGGGAAAAAACCCACCCCCAGACUUUGCUAAGGUGUCCCCAUGCCUCAGUGUGCUGUCCUGGCUGCUAUUUGUCAAUGACACAGACAUUCUAGCUGAUGCAUGCUGGGCAUUGUCCUACCUGUCUGAUGGCCCUAAUGAUAAAAUCCAGGCUGUUAUUGACUCAGGAGUCUGUCGGAGGCUGGUGGAACUGCUGAUGCACGCGGAUUAUAAGGUGGUGUCUCCUGCACUUCGUGCCGUUGGGAACAUCGUCACUGGAGAUGAUCUGCAGACACAAGUGAUUUUGAACUGUUCAGCGUUGCAGUCUCUACUGCACCUUCUGGGUAGCCCCAAGGAGUCAAUCAAAAAGGAAGCUUGUUGGACAAUUUCCAACAUCACAGCAGGGAAUCGAGCACAAAUACAGAUGGUGAUAGAUGCAGGUCUGCUGCCUCUUCUCAUCACCAUCCUGCAAGUAGCAGAGUUUCGCACACGAAAGGAGGCAGCGUGGGCCAUUACCAACGCCACUUCAGGGGGCUCUGCAGAGCAGAUUAGGCAUCUCGUGGAGCUUGGUUGCAUAAAACCUCUGUGUGACCUGCUCACGCUCAUGGAUUCCAAAAUAGUCCAGGUGGCUCUGAAUGGUUUGGAGAACAUUUUGCGACUGGGAGAACUUGAGGCCAAAAGGGGAGGAGGCAUCAAUCCUUACUGUGCGCUCAUCGAAGAGGCCUAUGGUCUAGACAAGCUGGAGUUCUUGCAGGGCCAUGAGAACCAGGAAAUCUAUCAGAAAGCCUUCGACUUGAUUGAGCGCUACUUCAGCACGGAUGAUGAGGACCCGUCUCUUGCUCCAGCUGUCGACCUGCAGCAGCAGCAGUUCCUCUUCCAGCAGUGUGAGGCCCCGAUGGAGGGCUUCCAGCUAUAAUGCUAAACCUGCACCUAACGUGCUCCAGCUUCAUCCUCGCCUCAUGCUCACUUCUCUCAGUCUCUGCCCUACAGCCAAGAUCCGGAGUGGUGACGCCCUCCGGCAAUUCCUCCUUUUCCUUCUCUUGGCAUCAGAGACAGAUUAAGUCGUUAUCAUGAUUAUCUAAAGAUCUACCAUUUUAGGAGCACGUCUGCGCGUACGUCCAACAUGGGUCAGUUUCUGCAGUCCUGUUAAGCCAGUUUGUUGAAGGUUCAGUUAGUCAUUUCCGUUUUGUGCCGACUUCUUUAUCAUCUGAACCUCAUCAUCUGAUCAGGGCCCCAAGUUUCUCCUACUUGCAGAUUUUCCUCGUAAUGGCAUCUCCACAUUACUCUUUGGAUUUUCUCUUCAGCUCAUCAAGAACAAGACCCCCCCCCCCCCCCCCUUGCCCGUGUUGGUUCAUUUAGGAUUGACAAGCUCCAAAUGUAAAUGGGAGAAUUUGGACUGUGCUGUUUAUCUGAAGCAUUAAUGACCUGACAAAAGAUGUCCCGUCUGCCUUCUCCCCUUCAGAAAAUGAUCUAACCUAAACACUGGACUGACUUUGAAAGGUUGACCACAACAGACUUCCUAUAAAAGGCACUUGAUUCUCGGAGGUUUAAUUUCCUCACCACCUCUUCAAACCACAGAUGGACUAAUUAGAAACUUGACGUAGUCGCUGUGGGGUGGAGUCUGUCGGUGGCAAACCAAGCUGCUUGCAUUCCCACCUGAGUUUCAUAUCAUUCCUCUAACCAGUAUUGGGACAUCUUCCUCCUGCACUGGCUCUAUCCUCGAAGAGUUUAGACUGCCUCUUCUGGUGUGAUACAAAAAUGCCCAUGGAAUCAUGGGAAUUGGAGUCUUCCCUUGCACUGAAACUAUUGGAUGGACUUGGACAAGACAAAGCAGACUAUAUAACUUGAGAUUCUGUCCAGCAGCAAUCUUUUUUUUUUGUUUGUUUGAAUUAUGCUAUAAGUUCAUUUAAUUUGCAGCACUUUAGUUCUGGACUGAUGCCUGUUCAUUGACGGGCAUUUCUACAUUCGCUUUUUAAUUGUCUGACACAGCUCACCCUCAGGAAGCGAGACGUAAAGAGAGGUGGUGUUUUCCUCUUUCCCCUCCCAGUUUAACAACUACACAGUUUCGCCUCUUCAAAAAGGAACAGGCUGAUUUUUGACUGAAACUGUCGGCAAAUGUUUUGUCACAAUCAGAUGAUCAUGUUGCCUAAGAAAAUUAGAGCUUGAUUUGUACAAAGUAAUAUUCUGCAUUUGGAAAAUUGGCUGGUUUUUAAAUUGAGGAGUCUAAAACAUGACUUUCCAAUAUGAUCAGGUAGAAUUUUUUUUUUUCCCCAAUUUGAUCAUGCCAAAUCAGCACAAAAAUCAGUUCUUAGACCAGAGGAAUUUUUUUUUUCUCAAUUUUUGUAUUUUAUUGGAGUUUGCAUCUGUAACUGAUGGUGCCAUAAUACCUGUUCAACAAAAAUCUUCCGUAUGAUUUCAAAUGUAAAAAAAAAAAAUCCACAUAAAAAAAAAAA